GCGGUGCAGAGCGGAGGCGGAGGCGGGCGCGCGGGCAGCUCGCGGGCACCCGGCCGGCGGGCGCGGGAGCUGGAAAGGGUGCGCUAUGCCUUUAACGCCCGCGUACAGUAGACAUGUAUAGUGGAGUGUAGGGAAACUCUAGGCGGGGUUAAAGUUCAGCUCAUGGAGCGGCAAUAGCGCUGGCUGGCUGCAGUUGAGCCGAGUUGGAAAUGUGAACGCAAGAAGCAGGCUUGAUUUUUUUUUCUCCCCCCUUCUCUCUCUCUCUCCUCCUCUCUCCCUCUUUCUCCUUUCUCACCCGCACUCACGCACACCUCCAAACCGCACACCCAGACGCACACGCACACCCCACCGCCGGGCAGUGAUGUAUUCUCCGCUCUGUCUCACCCAGGAUGAAUUUCAUCCUUUCAUCGAAGCACUUCUGCCCCACGUCCGAGCCUUCGCCUACACAUGGUUCAACCUGCAGGCCCGAAAACGAAAAUACUUCAAAAAACAUGAAAAGCGUAUGUCAAAAGAAGAAGAGAGAGCCGUGAAGGAUGAGUUGCUAAGUGAAAAACCAGAGGUCAAGCAGAAGUGGGCAUCUCGACUUCUGGCCAAGUUGCGGAAAGAUAUCCGACCUGAGUACCGAGAGGAUUUUGUUCUUACAGUCACAGGGAAAAAGCCUCCGUGUUGUGUUCUUUCCAACCCAGACCAGAAAGGCAAGAUGCGAAGAAUUGACUGCCUCCGCCAGGCAGAUAAAGUCUGGAGGUUGGACCUUGUUAUGGUGAUUUUAUUUAAAGGUAUUCCGCUUGAAAGUACUGAUGGCGAGCGCCUUGUAAAGUCCCCGCAGUGCUCUAAUCCAGGGCUCUGUGUCCAGCCCCAUCACAUAGGGGUUUCUGUUAAGGAACUCGAUUUAUAUUUGGCAUACUUUGUGCAUGCAGCAGAUUCAAGUCAAUCUGAAAGUCCCAGCCAGCCAAGUGACGCUGACAUUAAGGACCAGCCAGAAAAUGGACAUUUGGGCUUCCAGGACAGUUUUGUCACAUCAGGGGUUUUUAGUGUGACUGAGCUAGUAAGAGUGUCACAGACACCAAUAGCUGCAGGAACUGGCCCAAAUUUUUCUCUCUCAGAUUUAGAAAGUUCUUCAUACUACAGCAUGAGUCCGGGAGCAAUGAGGAGGUCUUUACCCAGCACAUCCUCUACCAGCUCCACAAAGCGCCUCAAGUCUGUGGAGGAUGAAAUGGACAGUCCUGGUGAAGAGCCAUUUUACACAGGCCAAGGGCGCUCCCCGGGGAGCGGAAGUCAGUCCAGCGGGUGGCAUGAAGUGGAGCCAGGAAUGCCAUCUCCAACCACACUGAAGAAGUCGGAGAAGUCUGGUUUCAGCAGCCCCUCCCCUUCGCAGACCUCCUCCCUGGGAACGGCAUUCACACAGCAUCACCGACCUGUCAUUACAGGACCCAGAGCAAGUCCACAUGCGACACCAUCAACUCUUCAUUUUCCAACAUCACCCAUCAUCCAGCAGCCUGGGCCUUACUUCUCCCACCCAGCCAUCCGCUAUCACCCUCAGGAGACGCUGAAAGAGUUUGUCCAACUUGUCUGCCCUGAUGCUGGUCAGCAGGCUGGACAGCCCAACGGGAGUAGCCAAGGCAAAGUGCACAACCCAUUCCUCCCCACCCCCAUGUUGCCACCGCCGCCGCCACCACCGAUGGCCAGGCCUGUGCCUCUGCCGGUGCCAGACACAAAGCCUCCGACCACGUCAGCGGAAGGAGGUGCAGCGUCCCCCACCUCACCAACCUACUCGACACCCAGCACCUCCCCCGCAAACCGAUUCGUCAGUGUUGGACCACGGGAUCCAAGCUUUGUAAAUAUCCCUCAACAGACACAGUCCUGGUACCUGGGAUAAAAGUCGCAGCGUCCCACCAUCCACCAGACAGACCACCUGACCCCUUCUCAACUCUGUAACAUGGACGCAUCCUCAACCCAGCGCAGUUACAACUUCACUGUCACUGGAAGGGGAGAAUCAAAUCAACUUGUACAUGGAAACAGCGAGCAUUAUGGUCCAACAGCAAAGGCCAUAACCUUUUGGGAUUUUUUUUUUAAUACUUUAGGGACUGUUGUAAUUUUCUCAUAUGGUGCUGGAAAUGGUUGGGCUUUGUAACAUUUGAAGUGUUUUCCGUGGUAGCGUGAGCAUUAGGCGAUGCGGCUGGAGAAGGUCUACCCUUGCUCACUGACUUCCCAUUGUGACACACUUUCUUUACGGAGCCCGGCUGUUUCACAGUAUUUCAUGAAUUUACCCACACAGGUGUGAGCCUCCUUGAGCAGUCAGGAGACACAUGGAGAACUAAGUCUUUUGUAGUAGCUGAGAUCUGCAAUAUAUAACUUACGGGACAGUCAAAGGGCAAUGUUUUUCUGUAACAUAUUGGAAAAAGAAAACGCAGUUAUGUUCCUUUUUUAUUUUUUCUUUUAGUUCGGUUUGGUUCAGCAGUCAGCAGUUAACUAGAUAACAUGGCCCGGAAGGACAGUGAAUCCACUCACGUUGCAGAAUAAUUCCGAAAAUGGCAAACUACUACUACUACUAUUCAGUUUUUUAAAAGUUUUGAAAUGCUGCACUUACAUUUAAAAAAAAAAAAAAACAUUUUUUCAACAAUUUCAACAAUGACACACAAAUUCACAUGGAAAUGGGGAAGAUGGUCUGUUUUGACAGAAACUGACAGGAAUCAAUCAAAACAAUCGAAUUUUGAAUUGAGUAAAGUGCAAUUUCAUUGGAUAGCUAAAUAUCUUUGUAAGAUAGAGAUUGUUGAAAAUUCUAUUUUUGUUUUUCAAGUCCUUCCACCCCAGGACUCUAAAUUAUUGGGGUAAAAAACAGCCUUGCAAGAAAAAGGGGAGCUAUUUUUGCUUUUUAUGUUUUUUAUUGUUAAACUUGUAUCCCUUUAAAAACUGAAGGAAAAUUAAAAAAAAAACAAA